AGCUUCUACAGUGCAAUUACAGUUCUGCUGUUGCUAAUGAAGGAAAGAGGACUAGCUCUGAGCAGCAGGGGAGAGGAGGCGGCACUGCAUGUUCUGGGUGGCACUGAAGUGGGUUCUUGAGUCCUGGAGCACCCAUGGAGUCUUAUAAGUUCUUCCUUUAGUACUAAGUGAACCUGAAAGUGUCUGCAUGGCUGAUAGUACACCUGACAGAACUGUGACACAAGUUGAAAAUCUCAAGGUUGUGAAUUUCCUGGCCAUUACUUCUCACAUUCCACUGCUUGCCUUUGUUUUGAGUGUUUUAGGUUGGAUUUUGUGUAUGAUUUCAUUAGGACUUAUACCAUGGAGAGUGUGGCAUUUGGACAAUUCCACCCUCAUCUCCUCUGGCAACAUUUGGAUCAGAAUGUGGGAUGUCUGCUUUACUUUUAACCCUGAACUUACCAAUGGCUCUUCCUUAAUGCUCUGUCAAGGAUUCAAUAAUCAGGACACUUUCAUCCCCUCAGAAAUGGUUAUUGCCCAAGACCUUCUGAUAUUAGCUGCUGUCAUGGAAGCAGUAGCUAUAUGUUUAGUUCUCUUUCUUUUGUGGAGUAAUUAUAAGAAAGAGCUUAAGGAACAUUAUAUCUUAAUUUUUUUUCUAACCGGGGGGGUCUUGAACAUCAUGUCUAGUGUAUUCAUAUUAAUUCCAGUAAGCUGGAAUUUACAGUCCAUAAUGAAAAACCAUAGUAUUGCCUUCCCUCCUUCUUACCACUUGCCUUCCACUCCAACGUCUCAGGAAGUAGGGUCUGCUAUUCAUGUGGGACUUGCAGCUGUUCUCCUGCUACUGUUGAGUGGGAUCUUACUUCUCUGUGACAGGUAUCUUAAUUUAGACAGUAAAGUGCAUCCAAAAACGAAAGAACCAGAUCAGGUAGCACAUCACCAUAAGCAAACAUGCCUGUGCAAAUAUCCUUCUGCCAGAUCAAGCCAAACUUAUCCACACUGUGGAUCUUGCUUGGAAAUUGACCUGUGGGGCCCAAAGAGACCUUUUGGCAUAUACAGCUGCUCUGGGAUCAACCCACAUGGAGGCCCCGUACUUAAAAAGAGUCAAGUAUUGACACAAGGACCGACCACUUCCUUUCAAAUCCCUAGUGGACCUUUUCCACACCGACCAUCCACAUGUCUCAUGUCUGACUCUAAAAUUUUUAUAGCUGGUGAAAAGCUUCUUUAUUUUUAGUUUGCUUAGUUGCUUCCAAUUUCAUUUCCUACCAAGGCCAGGAAGGGUUGAGUAUCAGGAAAACAGGUGUCAGAUAUGAAGGGUCCUUCCUCUUGACAGGGACUUGGCUGGGGACCCAUAUGUUACCUUACAUAAAACACUAAGUCCAAACCUGUUCAAGCUCCUGCCCAAAAGCUCUCAUUGAUGUUUGUAGGAGCUCCAUAUGGCGAAUAAUUCCCAAGAGAGAUCUGUCCUGUAGAUAAGUGUGACUCUGACAGCAGGAUUUUACCCUUUGAGCCAGGCCAGGUUCUGUUUCCAGUUACACAGGAGCUUUGCCUGUGUAACUGGGAGCAGAAUUCAACCUUAUGUAUCCUAGGGAAGCUGUUGGAUCCUGUUGCCACUUACAAUUACGGUAACCAUGUAGUAACUUGAACUCGUUGACUACUAAUAAAACACCUUAAGAGGAAUAAUCCUUUGAGGUGCUGUAUGCUCUCAACUCCAUUGAAAUUAAUGGAGUUGGAGGCAUUCAGCACCUCUCAGGAGGUGUUUAGCACCUUAUAAGAUUGUGUAGUGGAAUAUAAAAUUAUUAUUCCUAUUAAUUGUCAAACAUUUGGAAAGUUUUACUACUGAGGCAAAUGGUUGUUUCACUCUAUAACUGCUGCCUACUAUUAUCUGUAUUUUUAUUAAAAUAUAAAACAUGAAAAUAGGUGUGUGUUUUACAUUAAUAAGGAUUGGUUCCUGUGACUUUUGUCUUGUAAUCAAUCUGUCAUUGUCUCCUGCUUGUAAGAUUAAAGA